AGACUGCGAAGCUGUCGGUUUGCCUUCUCAGAGGUGGAGGUGCAUCUACAUAGUCUCGAUUCAGUCUAAAUUCCGUUGGGUUUUGAACGAUUUCCGAAUUUCCGAACACCCAAAUUCCGAGUUCGCGUCGUGCUUAUUUAUUUACUUUUACUUUUAUUUUUUGUUUUUUUUUUUGAGUGACCAUCACCGCCCAUGUUUUUGGAGGCCUGACCCAAAAGGCACCAAUUUCACCGACAGUUGCAACCAUAAAUGUGGUGAGGAUGUCGCCUGCUGAGCAGCUUCGCUUGGUCGGAGGAUCGGAUGCCUACCAGUUGGCGGCGAGCACUGGAGGCGGAGGAGGAUCCUCCAGAGGCGGUGGAUCCGGAGGCGAUGCCGCGGGCGGUGGUGACGGGAAGCUGAGCGACGUACACGACAAGUAUGCCAUGGCAUUGUCCCACUUCCUGGACUUUCAUUCCAACGAGACGGUGGACAUGGAGCGGCUGAGCGGUCCCAUCCUGAAGUCCAGCAUCAAAUCGGUCUACUGGCUGUUCCUCAUCCAGUAUGCAGCCCUCGCCCUGCUGGGCGUGAUCCUGAACGUGAUCAUCGUGGUGUACAUCAUGUACCACCGGCUCUACAAGGACGUGACCCACGCGUUCAUCAUCAAUCUGGCGCUGUGCCACUUCGUCCAGUGCGCCCUCGUCCUGCCCGUCUCCCUGAUGGUUAUGCUCAUCCAGAACUGGAUUUUUGGCCAGUUUCUGUGCUUCUUUCUACCCAUGCUGCAGGACAUACCGCUGCACGUGGCAAUGAUCUCGCACAUCCUAAUCGCUUGGGACCGGAUGCGAUGGCUGAACGAUCCGCUGAAGGGCCGCCUGCCGGGAUUCGUCUGCUGCUGCGCCACCUGGCUGACCGGAAUGGUGAUUGCCCUGCCGUACCCCAUAUACACCAUCUACGUGGAGCUGGGGGACUAUAUGCCGCAGCUGUCGGGGAUCGGAUUGUGUGUUGUCAACCUGAUGGACGACAUGCAGGAGUACACCCGCGGGCUCUUCCUGCUUAUGUACUGCGGUCCGGCCAUCCUGCUGUCCUACCUGUACAUCCGCACCUCGCAGGAGCUGCGCCCGCCCGACGGACCCUUCGCCGUGAUGAUGUACGAGCACCGCGCGGAUGUGCGGAUCCGACAGAGGAACUCCUCCACAUCAUCGGUGGAGCCUCGGCAACUGAGUGGUGGGGGCGUGGCUGGGCUGAGCAAUGGAGGGGGCAGCUCCGCCCGCUCCUACGACUUGUACAGCGCCGAGCUGGACGUUCACCGGGAGAAGCGGAAGCAGCGCAACUUUGGCAGCAUGGCCGCCACCCAGGUGGUCUGCCUGUGCCCGCUGAUGAUCCUGCGCUUCGCCAGGCUCUCGCUGGAGGAGACCUACGAGAACGCUAAGCACUUUGACUUCACCUACCUGAUGUUCGUGUGGGUGGCCUUUCUGCCCACGGUCAUUUUUCCGUGCAUCUAUGCCUCGCAGAUAUUGCCCAGAGAUGAACAGGAGCGUCUGAGGGGCUACUUCCGGCUCUCCUCCAGGCGCAAGCAGAAAGCUCAGCGCCGCAGCGAUGAUGGUGGAGGACCCGGGGUGGGGGACAGUUACCGCGAGAAUUCCAUAGAGAAGGACGCUACCCUGGACACGACCAGUGCUCAACAUGCUUCUGAGCCCCACAAGCAUUCGUCGAAGCUGCGCCACGAGCGGGAGGUGCGUCUACCUGGACAUGGAUCGUCGGGAGGCGGAGAUCGCUACACUGGAGCACCCUACCGUCAGGGCAAGGACAGGGAUAGGGACAGAGACAGGGAGAGGGACAGGGAUAGGGAGAGGGAACGAGACAGGGAUAGGGUCAGGGACAGGGACAGGGAGCGCGAGCGCGAGCGCGAGCGUCAGAGGGCGGGCGGUCGGGGAGCAGGCGACGCCGGGGUGGUCAACAACCUGGGCAAGGAUGUGCGCGGCAAGAAGCACGACGUCAAGAUCAACAUAAUCUCGGAUGGCGUUGGGCAUGGCGGUACCAGCCACGCCCAUACCGCCCACCGCAAGCAGUCGGGCAGCAACAGCAGCAGCAACAACAAUAACAACACUCGGAGUCGCCCCAAUCCCAGCCAGCGGCAUGGCGGCAAACUGGCCGCCGACUGCCUGUCCAACGUGACUGCCUCCACCUUUUGCAACGGCAGCGGCAGCGUUAACGCCAGCGGAACCGGAAAUGGUCUGGGCAGCGUUCUAAUUCCCGACGACAGCGGCACCAGCAACUACGGCGACGGCGAGGAGAGCUCGGUGGUCAGCAGCAUGAUGGUGCCGCCGCAACGCUGGCCAGGAUCGGGGGGCGGUGUGUUGCGCCACAAGGACGUGUCCUUCAGCGAGUGCAGCAGCACCUUCUCGUCGAGCACCUUGGAGCGCGACCUGGAGAUCAUGGACCAGCUGGAGCGGGAGCGCAGCAUGGACAUUCAGGAUAUGCUGCAGCGGGAGCGGGAGCGGGAAAAGGGGCGCCGCCAGCUGCCGGAUAUCGAGAAGCUGUACGCGCAGCGUUCGCCAAAGGGAAAACGAGGCGAGGCGGCUGGAGCGGGUUCCGGGACCGGAACCGGAGCGGGACUGGCGCUCGUCCUGCCCGGCAGUGAUCCGUUGAGCAGCCUCUCGCAGUCACAGUCCCUCUCCACGGAGUACAGCCUGUGCUCCACUUUAGAGACCACCGCCGGCGGCGUUGGCGGUGGAGGGAGAUUGUCCGUUGGCCACGAGGAGGUGCUGCAGCAUCAUUUGGAGGAGGUGGAGGAGGAGGUGGUGCCGCCGGACUUUUACGACAGCUACACCCCCGGCGGCUCCCAGAACCUGCCGCCCAAUUCGGGUGGCGUGCCGGUGGCCUCCGCCGCAGUUCCCGCCUAUCAGUACCAGUACAGUCGCAACCGGCUGAGCCGGAAGAGUUCCGGUUCCGGGUCGAGCCAUCAUCACCAUGGCCAUCAUCAUGGCCAGCAUGGCGGCGGGGGCGUUGGGGGCGUGGUCGGUGGACGCGGCUCCAAGCGGGACAGCUUCAAUUCGCUGAACGGCACGGAUCUGAUCGCCGGCGCCUUCUGCGAACUGGAUCCCACGCAACCGCUGAACAAGAUGGCCGUGAUCGAGGGCCGGAUGCGGCGGAGUAGUCCGCGGACUGCCAGCUUCAGCUCCGGAUCCGGCGUGUCCGGGCGCAGUUCGAUGAAGUCCUCGUCGCGGGACUACGACUAUGGGCACGGCUCCUCCUCGCACUCGGCGCAUCCGGAGCUGGAUUUCAGGGAGAACAUCUUUGCGGAGCUGUAAGAUGUGGAUACUUUUGAAUGUGAAUCGGAUGUGGGAUGAGGAAAUGUCAGGGAUGGCAGAGAUGGCAGGAUGGCGAGAGGGAACGAAAAGCUUUACGGUUACGGAUUUGCCAGGAGUUGUGCAGCCAAGGAGCUACGUGUUUAAGUAGGACAAUUUGCAGGAGCUGUAUUUUUUUUUUGUAGGGAAUGGGUGGAAGGAAAAAAAGUCAGUGGACUACGAAAUACUUGUAAGAAACUCCAGACUUACGGAGACACAUAUACAUUUACACCUAAAUGCAUAAGAUAUACUACAAAUACAUAUAUAGACCGAGUUAUUGGAUUACUUCGCCCAACUGGUUGUUGACUUAUGUUUGUUGAUUAUUGCGAUCAGAGAGUGGAGAUCAGAGAUCACAGAUCACAGAUGACAGUGUUUAGGGAUCACAGAUCGCAGUUUAGAGAUCAGAGUUUAGAGUGAAGUGAAAACUGUGCCAAGGAACGGAGGGAAAGCACUCCCACAAACUACAUAUAUAUGUCUUUUAAAUGUUGCUAACUUUAACGGAGGCAAGGAUGUGCCAGUGUUUUUAAACUUUCCCAAGCUACAUACAUACAUAUAUGGAUAUAUACAAUACGAUAUAUACACUAGACAUAUGCUAAGACAUAUUGAAUAUUACCAAAUCAAAUGCAAAGUUUAUUGAAUGUUAACUCAAAGUCAAAUACGAAAUACAAAAUCGGAAUAAACCAUUAAAGUUAUAGCUGUAAGACAGGGCAAUUCUUCUGAGCCCCAAAGAAUUGCGCCCACACUCACACAACCACACACACAUACAGAUACAAUUUGUUGGGCCAGAUCCUGAUCCUGCCUAGACAUAUAGACCCAUAUACUUAACCCUAUUUGUGCAAGUGUCCGUGCGUGUGUCUAGCGAUAAGUUCAUUUUUUCUGUGCCGCUCCGCUGGGUUUUUUUCUGUGGUGGCUCGGUGGUUGGAUGGUUCAGUGGUGCUGCCGUGCUGCGAGCAAAACUAAUAAAAACAAAUUUUAUGUGAGUUAAACACACAAAAGCAAAUCUCUCAUUGACAGCGUUUU